AUGCGGGGCUCGGACCAGCGUGCCACGCACCCAGGUCGCAACCUCGUGGCGGGGGGCCUCGCGGGCUGCUUUGCCAAGUCGUUGGUCGCGCCGCUGGAUCGUAUGAAAAUUUUGUACCAGGGUAACCAUGGCAUCAUCCGUGGCAAAACCAUCCCCUCGGCCAUUGUGCGAGUUUAUCAGGAAGAGGGUCUCCUCGCAUUUUGGCGCGGCAACAAGCCCCAGAUGGCCCGCAUCUUCCCAUACGCCGGCGUCCAGUUCCUUACCUUUGAGCGUGCCAAACGCUUUUAUCGCCAGCAAUUUGGGGACCGCCACUUUGUCUCCUUCAUGGCCGGCUCCACCGCCGGCAUUACCGCAGUCACCGUGACCUACCCCAUCGACUUUCUCCGCACACGCAUGGCCUGGACAGUGGGUCACCCUGUCACUGUCCUUGAGCUGGUCCGGGAGAUCCACCGCACCGAGGGCAAGGCCGCAUUCUAUCGAGGCAUCGUUCCAACUUACGUGGGCAUGCUGUUCUAUGCUGGAGUCAGCUUUGGUAUCUACGAUUUCAUCAAGCACUCGAUGCUUGCCGUGCCGCAGUUUCAAUCAACGUCCGGCCCAGAGCAUCUCAACACGCUGGCCAACCUCAUUUGCGGUGGUACGGCUGGCCUGAUUAGCCAAACCAUUGCCUACCCUUUUGACGUUGUUCGCCGUCGCAUGCAAAUCGAGCAGCGCCAAGCGGGCCAGAACUACCAGUUCCACGGCGUCUUCCAAUCCAUGCGCCUCCUGUACUCUCAGGGUGGCCUUCGCAUGCUCUUUCGUGGCAUCAGCCUCAACUACAUCCGUGAGUUCCCCCAAGUUGGACUGGCUUUUGUUGCUUACGAAAAGCUCAAAAUCUGGCUCGAGGUCUACAAAGACAGUGACGAGGAGGUCGCCGUGGCCAGCCUCAGAUAG